AUGCCUUUUGUUCUAGGAAAAUACUUUUAUUCUAGUUAUUCUGGAAGUGGAGGUGAUUUUAGAUUAGAAAAUAAAUGUUAUGGUCAUGAUCCAAUGACCGUUUAUAUUGGUCUUUUAGCACAAGCAUUCGCAUCAUAUAAAACUAGAAACGAAAUUAAAUUGAAGAGUAUACUGAAAGAAUUCCAAUUAAAGAACCUACCUAUAGACUAA